UCGCCUAGAUGCUGUAGUAGUAGCCGUUUAAUGAAAAGUCUCACACUCGGGAAACUAAAACUCAUAUAAAACCACAGAAACCAUGGAUGAGAUGGAAGAAGAGCUGAAAUGCCCGGUCUGCGGGUCUUUUUACCGGGAGCCUAUAAUUCUGCCGUGCUCGCACAACAUUUGCCUUGCUUGUGCGCGGAAUAUCCUAGUGCAAACUCCUGAUGCCGAGUCACCACAGAGCAGCCGGGCAUCAGGCUCCGGUGUGUCCGACUAUGACUACCUGGACCUGGACAAGAUGAGCUUAUACAGUGAAGCUGACAGCGGCUAUGGUUCGUAUGGAGGCUUCGUCAGUGCGCCGACCACCCCUUGCCAAAAAUCCCCGAACGGGGUACGGGUGUUUCCCCCUGCCGUUCCCCCACAACCUCAACAACAACACUUGCUCCCGUUCCCCGGAGGACUGCCUCCGAUCCCCCGCAACUCCUGUAUCACCUGCCCGCAGUGCCACCGCAGCCUUAUUCUAGAUGACCGGGGACUUCGUGGCUUCCCCAAGAACCGGGUCCUGGAAGGGGUGGUCGACCGGUACCAGCAAAGCAAAGCGGCAGCGCUUAAAUGUCAGUUAUGCGAGAAGAGCCCCAGGGAAGCCACGGUGAUGUGCGAGCAGUGUGACGUCUUCUACUGCGACCCAUGUCGGCUGCGGUGUCACCCACCGCGGGGUCCGCUGGCCAAGCACCGUCUGGUACCCCCAGCUCAGGGCCGCAUCAGCCGCCGGACGAGCCCGCGAAAGCUAUCCACCUGCACAGAACACGAGUUGGAAAAUCUCAGCAUGUACUGUGUCCAGUGCAAGACGCCCGUAUGUUACCAGUGCUUGGAGGAAGGCAAACACUCGACGCACGAAGUCAAAGCUCUCGGGGCGAUGUGGAAAUUGCACAAGGGCCAGCUGUCUCAGGCUCUCAAUGGGCUGUCUGACCGUGCCACUGAGGCCAAAGAGUUCCUGGUGCAGCUCAGAAACAUGGUGCAGCAUAUCCAGGAGAACGGUGUGGAGUUUGAGGCGUGUUUGGUGGCCCAGUGUGACGCUCUGAUCGAUGCUCUGAAUCGCCGCAAAGCCCAGCUGCUGUCACGCGUCAACAAAGAGCACGAGCACAAACUCAAGGUGGUGAGGGACCAGAUCUCCCACUGCACAGUGAAGUUGAGGCAGACCACAGGCCUGAUGGAGUACUGCCUAGAGGUCAUCAAAGAAAACGACCCCAGUGGCUUCCUACAGAUCUCGGACGCCCUCAUCAGGAGAGUGCACAUGACGGAGGGUCAGUGGGGAAAGGGUACACUGACCCCGCGCAUGACCAGCGACUUUGACCUGACGCUCGACAGCGGACCACUGCUGCAGUCCAUACACCAGCUGGACUUUGUGCAGAUGAAAGUGCCGGCCGCUCCAAUCCUUCAGCUAGAGGAGUGCUGCACUCAAAACAAUAGUGCUACGUUGUCGUGGAAACAGCCCCCUCUCUCAACCAUUGCAGUGGACGGAUACAUCCUGGAGCUAGAUGAUGGAAACGGGGGUGUAUUUAGGGAGGUGUAUGUGGGCACAGAGACCAUCUGCACUGUGGAUGGCCUUCACUUCAACAGCACGUAUAGGUCUCGUGUCAAAGCCUUCAACGGGAGCGGUGUCGGCCAAUACAGCAAGACCCUCGUCAUGCAGACCUCUGAAACUGGACUCCCCCCAUGCGAUAUUAACUCACUUGCUGCAGUCGCCUGGUUUGUAUUUGACCCUGCAUCGGCCCACCCGGACAUCCUUCUGUCCAAUGAUAACCUGACAGUGACAUGCAACAGUUAUGACGACCGGGUCGUCAUGGGAAACACGGCCUUCUCACGUGGCGUGCACUACUGGGAGAUAACCAUCGACCGCUAUGACAACCAUCCGGACCCGGCGUUUGGCAUCGCCCGCGGCGACGUGCUGAAAGACGUUAUGCUGGGGAAGGACGACAAGGCCUGGGCCAUGUAUGUGGACAACAACCGCUCCUGGUUCAUGCACAACAACUCACACACCAACAGGACGGAUGGAGGGAUAGGCAAAGGGGCCACAGUGGGGGUGCUGUUGGAUUUCACGCGAGGGAUCCUCAUCUUCCUCAUCAACGAUGAGCAGCAGGGUCCCGUGGCCUUCGAGGGGAUGGAGGGGCUCUACUACCCAGCCAUCAGCCUCAACCGCAACGUGCAGGUGACUCUGCACACUGGGCUACCCAUUCCAGACUUCUAUACGCCCGGAGAGCCUGACCCCAACGGCUCCGUCUGUUAGAGCCUCUGUGGCACCAUCUCACCCCCACCACCCUGCACCUCUGCCGUGCCUCCUUAAUACCCCCCCCUCCCCCAGGCACCCUCCAGUGCAGUGAAGCACACUGAAGCCCUCUCCUCUCUCAUCUCUCAGCUGGACUGCAUCUCAUCAGAGACUCAUGGUUCAAGGACAGACAGAGGGAUGUUUAAACAACAUAUGUUUACCCUGCAAACAGCUUUGUGUGUGUGUGUGUUUGUGUUUGUGUGUGUGUGUGUGUGUGUGUGUGUGUGCCUGCCAUCAUCAACAUUUACUGAACAGACAGAUAGAGAGUGUGAAAGAAAGUUACGGCACUUCCCCAUCUUUGUUGUCAUGCGUUGUGUCAUGAGCACAAGUUCUGCUUGGGCUAUUCCAUUAGCCUACGCCAUUACUAGCAAAUUAGCAUAGAGUGACCACUAGGGAAAAUAAUACAGCACGUUAGGUGAAAUAGCCGCAAUAACUCUAGACGGUCUCUGUGCUUUGCUUUGCGCUGCUUGGCUUUGCUUGUGAUGGUGUAGCAGCAUCUCUGCUGUUCUUCUUGCCCUUAUGUUCGUCGUGACCACCACACAACCAAAACUGACUCAGGGUCAGUUGCUAAGAGUGGCGAGAAGGAAGUGGAGAACUGUUAUUGAUGUGAGAGUACGCUUUUCAACAGUGAAAGGGAGGCUGUGUGUGUGUGUCUGGUUUACAUCUGUGUACGUCUCUGCUGUCUGAAUGUUGGGUGUGUUCCGUGCUACACGUCUGUGCUUUAGGGAUUUCAACAGAUUAUUUUAUAGCCAUCCAGGGCCAAGUUCCUGAAUAUUAAUAGUACUUAUGUUUCUCCAGAGCAUUUAUUCCAAUUAUUCCUAUUAUAUUGAUUUAUAUUAUUAUAAUGGUUAUUAAUCUGUAGUGUCAUGUUGGCACAUGUCUCAUGUGGUGCUCAUGGUGUCAUGCUUUAUACCGAAUUCCUCCAUUGGUGCCAUGGGUAACCAUGGGUGUCUCUUGGUUACUGUGCGUAACCGUGGGUGACCCAGUUUUUAUACUCGUCCUCUUGAAAUACCCCUCUGUAAAUUACCAAUGAUUCAUAGCAAUGUGGAGAUAUGCAGUAUGAGUCAGUGAUGUUUAAAGUACUAAUUAUGGCUUGCAGAGCUCUGUUUUGUACAAAAACACAAGAAAGCAAUGCCCUUCUUGGUUGAUGUAGAUUUCUAUCCCUCAAAUGUGGGAAUCCCUUCAAAUGUGAUUAUAACAGACCCAACACAUUCCCUGCCCUUCAUGUACUGGAUGGAAUUGAACAUAAUAUAUAUGAGUUUACACAUACCCCAAUAAGCAUCCUUUCAAAAGAAAGGCUUAAUUGGUGUUGCAUUGUGUAAAUUGUUAUAUGCUCCUGUUCUUGACACUCAAGUGAAGUUUAACUUACUUUACACCUGUGGGCUGCUCAACUAUAAGGUGCUAUCCACACACACACACAUACACCACCUUGUGUGCCUCUUCACAGUGAGUGCUUGAUGUGAACAGGUGAGGUAAGCAUGCUGUGAUGGCAUUAGGUGUGGAUCGAGGGAUGUAUUUACUUUCAGAACUGUGAUUGUGAUGUCACAAUGGAAAGCUGAAUUAUUACAAUUGUGAUGUCAUAGUGGCAUCAAAUAGGAGGAAUGUUUAGCCAUUUUUUGUCAUUUGGACCCACUUUUAAGUCCCAAAUAGCUUCAACACAAAACUCUUCAAAUUCUGAGAAUUCUGAGUAGCUUGAGACUCCUUUCUGCUAUCUAUGUGGCUAGGAUUGUUUGAAUUGAGCUAGUAAGCACUUGCUACCCUCACACAUGACUGAGCUGUGGCCUGGUUUCAUACCAUUGAGGCUUCUGAAUUGGAAUGAGAAGGGACACCACCACCCACCCCGACCCCAGACCAGACUCAAUUAGGACAUCCCAGACAAAGAGCUCUGUUUAUAAUUCAGGGCACACUAACUAGUGUACAGGAGUGUUAUUUUACCAACACACAACCUGGUGUGGACUAUGGACACAGAAUAAUCCUACUAGCUCAUCACUACACCUCAACUGCAGCUUCUCCAUAAUGUCUUGGUGUGGAUCCUUUAUGGGAUCCGUGUUCUAUUGCUGUCCCAUGACAUUACACUCGCCUUGAGACUGCUGCCUCCAAAACUCUUAAAUCUGAGCCGCCAAAAUGCAAAGCUUUCUGUAGGCUAUAGAAGAUUACGUUUAAUUUCAAGCAUAGAUGUCUGCAAAGCAAAUAUUCUUAUAAAACAGGUAUAAGGCAGUAUUAUGGUAUUUAAUACUAAAGAUAAUGCAGUCUAAUAAAGUAUUACACUGUGCAGCUGCUAGAUUUGAAAUGACAAAAUAAAUUAACAUUAUGUAUAUUAUUUACUACAGGAGAACAAUGACUCUGCUCUGGGUGUUUCAUUUGCCAAGUGCACAAAAUGUACAAUUACACAGAGUCUAUUUUGUGAUGUCAGCUCAAGUAUGAGUUUAUUUAAGCAAAUGGAAGAACGCCUAUGGUUGUAUAGUUGGCCGCUUGAUAUAACAUGGGUCACAGACGGAGGAAUUGCUGAGUAAUCCAAACCAUGGUCUCUCAGAUCGAAAGCCAUGCUACUGGAUGCUGUGUGCUCGUGCUGUCCAGCGAAUGAUGUACAGUAGAAUAUAGAGUUGUUCGGUUGCUGUCGUCAACUGUUUUAUUUAUUAAUUUACUAAAGUGAACGUGAAGAAUGAAAUACUGUUAUGUAGUUCAUUAUUAUUAUGAUUAUUAUUAUUAUUAUUACUAUUAUUCGAUGUUUGUAUUAUAAACUGUAUCAAGCACUUGGUGUUUUCUGUAACUGCAACUAGGCCACUCAAUAAAAUAAAGUCUGUGUUAUCACCAAA